AUGAAUGGUAAUGGCCGACCGGAUUUGCCCAUAAGGUCUGUUUCAUUAGAUAACUUAAGACCAAAAUCAAGUUUAAGAAAGAGAUUGAAAUUUAUCGACGAUACACCCACAAGAAUGAGUUCUAGCGCAUCAGGUUCACCUGAAAGAAGCCGGGAAAGUGGUAAUGAAUUACUGUUGGAUUUAAACAACAUCUUACGUGCGAAAUUGACUAUAGAUGAUCCUAGAAACCGUAAUAAUGGUAGCAAUAGUGGUAGUGACCAUCGUACAUCUCAUAAUAAUAAGGACGAAGAAUUUAAGAAGAAACUAGGUCUGGAAAGUGAUGUUAUAACGAGAGUUUAUGGAAAUGGCAAUGAGGGAACUAACGAAUGUGAAGAAAAUGAUGAAGAAGCUGAUGAUAAUGACGAUGUGCCAGAAGUGAAUAGUAGGGCUACUAAGGAACACAGGCUAUCAGAUGAACAAGACAGUGAUGAAAUGGGGGAUGAAGAAGAUGAAGAAGAAGAUGAAUUUGCAAAUGUUGACGAAAUUGAUGGACCAAUAUCUGGGAAACAAAAGGACAACAAGUCGGAGGCUAAAGGUCUGGACAUAGAUUAUAACAUGCCAAUAGAUGAAGAGUACAAGAAGAGUCUUGAUGAAAGGGCAGCGGAAUUUGAUAAAGUUUCCAGAUUUCAACCAAUAUCACAACCGAGGAUUGAAUGGUCGUUACAAGAUUUCUGUUCAUUGCAAGACGAGUUAGCAGAAUGGUUCUGUACGUCAGAUUUUAGUCAGUUGGCUCAAACUAAAUCUCAAUUUGAUAAGAAAGUUGAUGAACCUCAAAGGUUCUUAAAGGAUGACGAUUAUGCUCUCAAGAUAAUGGAUCAAUUGUGUCAAGAUACAAAUAAAAAUUUAUUGGCGCUGACAUACAUAUCAAUGGGUACAUUCGCAUUAGUGACAAGUUUGGAUGAACAAUUACAAAAUAUCCGAAGGAAUAAUUUGAUGUUGUGCUCUCACUUGAACUCAAUCGUUGAUGUUUUUAAAAAAGUUGCCAUUGCAUGCAGAGAUAACGUAACCAAUUUGAAAAGGGAGACUACGCUUUUUUUUUAUUCCUGCACUAUAUUAUUUUUCAUGACUAACGUCUGCAUCGAGCAAAGGGAUAAUGAUUCUAAUACUGUUAAAAAUGCAAUUAAAAUUCUACACGAUGCUCAGUUAUUACCAUUCUUAACUCAUUACAUUGAACAUUGGCGCUGGAACAGCCGUUUAUCUAUGAGAAUUAGGAAUGUGAUAAACUUACUCUUCAGGCUGUUGGUGCUUCAAUUUGGUGAUAAAACCGUUUGGAAAAGAUCUAAAGCAUUUCUUUACAAUUUGCAUAAUUUGAAGCAACCUCACCGUAGUGAAAAAGGCCAAAUUUUGACCAUUUCACCUUUACACUAUCAAGCAUUCAGAGAGGAUAUAACUGCCAGAUUUCCCGAUCAUAGGACUCCUCUAGCUGGAUUGCCUCCAGAAGUAGAUAAUUCCAAUUCGUUAUCACAAUUUUUGGAAAUUCCACGAUCAAAGGCUAAAAAUCCAGUCAAUUUAACGUUAGCUACCCCUCAACAACAUAUUGCCACCCCAGCACCAUCUCCACCAGGUUCACCAAAUCUUUUACAGAUGGAUGCUAUAAGACAUCGUAAAUCUUUCCAAACAAAUAUGGCGUAUCCCUGCCUCUACCCUUCAGAUGACGAGGAAGGUGAAGACGAAUUAAGUAAGAAGAUGUCCCUAGACGACUACGAUAGGAGAACUGAAGUCUUUGUUCCCUACAGUAUCCAAGAGGCCACAAACAUCCUUUCAAAUAGUGUUCACAUCAAAUUAAGCGUGCAACAAUUGUGGUAUGAACGAGACUUGUUCAUAUCUACAGAACGUGGAUGGAAAGUGGAUCAAGGCGAGGAUAAAUACAAUUAUUCGAGCAUGGAAAAUACUUCACAAGAAGAAUCCAUCGAUAUCAUGAAAAGAGUUGAUUCAUUUUAUGACGAAUGUUUUUCAAGUUUAAAUUCAUUGGUAUUUGUGCUUUUACAAACGGUAGAAUCAAAUUUGAGUAACGUUGACUUCAGGAACUCAGAUAUCCCUGCUGACACUAAGAUCGAUCCACUAAUACCAAGAUUGGAGAUCACUAGAGCUAAGGAAUUGGCCAUGAAAUCUUCAUUUGGUAUUCUUUACCUGUUACUCAGAUGGUUCAAGUUGAACCAUGUACUCAAGCAAGAACAUCUAUGCGUUCUUCUACACGAUUCUCGCUACAUUCAAGUGUGCUGUUCACUUUUGAGUAAAUAUUCUGAAAACUAUCCUGACAAAGCCUUCAACAGAAUGCUUUCAUCACCUGGAUCCAUUUGGAGAGAAUGUUCCAAUUACAAUUCUACUUAUCAACAGUCGCUUCUCGAUCAGCAAGAUACAGAAAAAUCUCAAAAUUACGACACUGUUACACUAUCCUCAUUGGCCUACAUGUUAAAAGUUCUCAGAAGAAUCGUUGGUAACAAAACAGAGCGUCUAAAGGAGUUACCUCUAAACAUCGGUCUUCUUUUCAAAAGGUAUUAUCGGAUCUUCAACAUAGAUAUUUACCAUCCAAUCUUGAGGAUAAUUAAAGAAUUAACACCUUUCAAGAAUAAAAGAUGGAAAGCGGAACACAUGGAACUCAUAUCUGGUGUUUUUCUCUACGAAGAAUUAGAAUUGAUAGACAAUUGGGUUACCGGUAAAGACGUAUCCGGAGAACUAGGUGAUGCAUGCGGCCAAGAAAUCGCGAUGAGAGCAUUGCUACAGUUCUACAAUUUCUUGCAUUACGAAAAAUCGAUGGAAGAUCUGGGUUACAGUCAGCGUUCGACUACAAACCUGUCGCUGCUAAACAAGGAGUCUGAAUACCUUGGCAUGUAA